AUGGGUCCAAUGGAAAAGAACCGUGAGAAAAACCGUUUGGAGAAGCAAUCUAUGGAAGAAAAAUUGAAAAUUUUAAGGGAAAAGAGUACUGGCCAAAAGGCAAAUGAAGCUUUUGGAUUAGGAAAACGAAAUGUAAAAAUUGUCUCUAAGAAGUUAGAUAAUUUGGAUCCACCAAUGACAAAAGAACAACAAAAAAAUCAAGCAAAUUGCGAUGCAUUUUUGGAUGAGCUUAAUGCUUUGAGUGCAAAGCUUAAUGCAGAGGAAGCUGAGAAGAAGAAUGCAGAAAAAAUUCUUGCAAACAAGAAAUCUUUAUUUCCUCCAUGGUCAAUUUAA